AUGGAUCCCUCACCAACGCCCUCCGUCCAUGGGCUCACACCUCUCCCGAGGAACAGGUCCUUUGCGGCCCCAUCAUUGGCGUCGUCAGAGUCCAGUGGGAGCCACGCGGGACCGACUACACCGCAGAAUGGGAGAUAUGACGAUGAGUUUCGUUACAAGACGAUGGUCAGAUACCUCCACAACAGAGUAGUGGCUAGUGGCUGGACGCCCCCGGAAUCCGCUCGUAGUCACGACGACUGUCUUGGAGUUCUGCUGCGGCGCUCCAGAGGCAACUAUGUCACCGCGCCGGAUACAGUCCACCAUGUCCUAUUAGGAGCUGUCAUGCGAUUGAACUUGAGCGUGGCGAUUACGCUGCGGCCACAGCUGCUCGAUGGCGUUCUGAGAUCCCUGACGCCAGGACAGACAGAGCUCAAGUUCAAGGACGGCUCGCAGGUCCAGAUCAUUGAUUCUCUGACGUUUGCACACUCGGCGACUGUCAAGAAGUUUCAGUAUGCUUGCAUUUGCCGGCAAGAGCGGCUUGUCCUAGUCUGGCACGAUGAUUUGCAGAACAUCGUCCCGGUCGCUACACAGAUGGAAGAGAAGCUCCUGUCACUAGUCUGGGGCGAAAGUAGGCUGCCGUUCAACAUUCUUCAGAUGCCCAGCAGAACGCCCUCCAUCAUGUCAUCGGGCAUGUCCAGUCCGAAUGGCUAUUCAACCCCGGCACUGGAAAAGGCAGCACCCAUGUCAUACGUCAACGAGAGCGCGGAGGAGCUCGACAGAGACCCCGGGAUGGACCGCCCCGAGUCUGUCGCCAGACCUGUAGCUCGUGCUUCGGCCUUCUUCGUUGGAAUGGCAAUGUGCCUGUCCAUCUGCCUGUUGUUCGGCGUAUACAUCGGCAAACUAGUCACCGAGUGCAUUCUGGACGGUUCAUGGACUCGCCUGGCGCUCGUGGCUCCAAUCCCGCUGCUGAUGUGUGUCAGUCUGUUCUUCUUCCAGGUCAUUUUCAACAACCUGUUCCAGAUGAUCGGGCCCAUUGGCGGUGUCAGCACCAAUUCGAGAUACUACUCGUGUCAUAAGCCAUGCCUGAAACGGGCUUUUGCAGAUGGGUUCCUGCCGCCCAAAAUUACCAUUCAGAUGCCAGUCUACAAGGAGGGCAUGGAGUCCGUCAUCAUGCCAACCAUUCGCAGUCUUCAGGCUGCCAUCUCUUUCUACGAGUCUCAUGGUGGUUCUGCCAACAUCUUCGUCAAUGACGACGGCCUCCGAGCGGGGAUGAACGAGGAAAUCGUGAAGCAGCGACGAGACUUUUACCACGACAAUAACAUCGGGUGGGUCGCGCGGCCGAAGCACAACGGCGACGAGGGCUUCGUGCGCGAGGGCAAGUUCAAGAAGGCAUCCAACAUGAACUUUGCACUUAACAUCUCCCAAAAGGCGGAGGCUUACAUUCAAGAAAUGGUUGACGCCCGGCUUGCCUCGGCUGGGUCAGACAUGGUUGAUGAGGCCGAGGAGGCCAGAAUGUACUCGGAGGCUUUGGCUCGUGUACUGGAGGAGAACCCUCUUGCUUGGGCUGAUGGCGACAUACGCGUUGGUGAGCUCAUUCUGAUUGUCGAUUCGGACACUCAAGUGCCCGUCGACUGCCUUCUCUACGGAGCUGCGGAGAUGUUUCUGUCUCCCGAGACGGCUAUUGUCCAGCACUCCACCGGCGUCAUGCAGGUUGCACAUGACUACUUUGAGAACGGUAUCACCUUCUUCACGAACCUCGUCUACACUUCCAUUCGUUUCUCUAUUGGCUCUGGCGAGGUGGCCCCUUUUGUCGGUCACAAUGCCUUUCUCCGGUGGCAGGCCGUUCAAGAUGUGGGAGUUGAAGACGACUCCGGCUAUGUCCCUUACUGGUCAGAGAGUCACGUUUCUGAGGACUUCGACAUGGCGCUUCGCCUGCAAAUGCGGGGCAAUACCAUUCGGAUUGCCAGCUAUCACAACGACCAGUUCAAGGAGGGCGUCUCUCUGACCAUAUACGACGAGGUUGCUCGCUGGCAAAAGUACGCGUACGGCGUGAGCGAGAUGAUAUUCCAUCCGUUCCACCGCUGGAUCUUCAAAGGACCCUUCACGCCGCUCUUCUACACCUACCUCGGGUCCAACAUCAUGCUUUCAUCCAAGAUAUCCAUCAUGGCGUACAUGUGCUCCUACUUCGCCCUCGGAUCGGCUCUCUUGCUCACCGUCAUCAACUACUUCAUCGUGGGCUGGUUCCGCGACGAUCUGGCAAGCUGCUACCUCACGUCCUGGAACGUCUUCCUCUCGCUGGUCGUCGUCUUCAACGCAUCGGGCCCCAUCUCCCUCGCCAUCUUCCGCUACCGCACAGGAGAGCGCUCGCUCCUAGGCUCCCUGGUCGAAAACUUCAAGUGGAUGCCUAUGAUGACCGUUUUCUUCGGCGGCAUCUCGUUCCACAUCACCACGGCCCUGCUCGCGCACCUCUUCCACGUCGACAUGCAGUGGGGCUCCACGUCCAAGGAGAAGGAGGACAGCAACUUCUUCCAAGAGAUGCCCCGCAUCUUCAAGACGUUCAAGUGGAUGUACCUCAUCAUCGCGCUGCUCGUCGGCGCCAUGGUCUACCUCGGCGCCUUUGCGCCGCCAGACUGGGCCAUUACCGACUUUUCCGUCAUUGUGCCGCUCGCACUGAACCUGGGCUUCCAUGCCCUGGUUCCGCUUGUGCUGAACCCGAGCUUGAUGGUGUUCAACUACUAG